GGGAACGGCAACAAGGGCAAGAGCGUCAAGGAGGAGGAGAAGCAUGCAGAGGAGCUGAAACAGCAGCAGCAGGAAGAGGAUCUUUAGCUCAAAGAACAAUGACCUGCUCCAAUGCUCUUCCUUUCUGUUGUUCAGCUGCUCAGCUUCAUCUUCACAACUCGCACCCUACCAGGGCCUCUCAUAGCCACUCGUUCCCUUCUUCUCGUUGUAUCACGUCAUCCAGUUGGAGACGCUUUCAGCCCUGGCUUCUCCUGCCUCUCUUAUUCAGCUUCCCCUGUGCUUCGUCGGAUGCUUCCACGGAAACUUGUAUGCAGGACAGUGGCACUAGGUCUGCCGGGGUCCGCCCGUUCUUACGUGGAAUGCAAGGUGUACUCCAGGGCAACAAUUCGCUCGUCACAGCAGCUGUCACAGCUGCAGGCGUGCAAGUGCUGAAGCGGGCCAUGAGCAACUCUGCACUUGCUGGUGGAUUUCAGGAACUGUUCUCCAAGAAGGAUUCAAUUCAGGUCCCCUCCCCUGCUGUCAUGCAGGACGAUAGGGGGCUGCCGACUAGCAUCCCCUUCCUCGGGGAGAACCUGCGGACUAUUCAAUGGCUUCCAGCAGAAUGGCAAGAUUGGGGACAACUAAAGUACAUGCAGAAGUGGUCUCGAGCAACCGAGGAGCUGACCGAACAGGCUCGAUUGCAGUGGAAAGAAGGAGCCAAGAAGGUUGAAACUCAGCUGAGAGAGCUGUCAAAGAUGCCGACGUGGGAGGAGCUACAGCGAAUUCAGCCUCUGCUGCAACCCUGGGGAGGGCGAACAAUUGAUCAAAGGCUCAAGGCAUGGCAGGACACCGUCAACGUCAAGAUCGAGCAUUUCCGCACCAACGUUCUUCGCGCUCCCCGCAGCCGACGAGCGGAGCUUGCUGCUUCAGCUGCGGAAGUUGAAGGGACAAACAAGAUGCUGCUGGGCCGUCUCUUCACAGUCCUUGCGGGAGACGGAUGGGAGCACGUGUUGCAUCAAGACGGAGUAGACGUAUAUCGAAAGCGCAUCGUCGAUCUUUAUCAGGGAGGAGAGAAGUUUUACUGCGUGAAAGCUGUCGGAGUGAUCGAUGCUAAGGCUGCUGAUAUCUACGAGCUACUCAAGGACAGCGCGAGGGUGGAUGAGUACAACGAGGAGUGUGCUCAGGUGCGAGACCUCUCCGCCCUCUCGUCUGACACCAAGGUCACAUGGGCGGCAAGCAAGACUUACUUCCCCUUCAAGCCCCGCGAUUUCGUCACUCGCGUCCACAACACACAGCUGAAUGAUGGGACGUAUGUGAUCAUGAGCCGGUCAGAGGACGUUGACUUCACCGAUGGUGGCGCUGAUUACGUGAGGACCGAGGUUCUCCUGGCCGGCAACGUGAUGCGUCCGUGCCCUGACGACCCCAACAAGACAGAAUUCACGACCAUAGCGCACAUCAACCCUGGAGGAGCUGCAGACACUCCGCUGGGAGCUCAGAUCACGAAUCGCAUUUGCAUUCAUGGCCCGGUUUCCUUCAUCAGGAAGAUUGAGACAGUCUGCGGGAAAGGUGGAGCACAGUAGACAGAAAGCACAAAAGAGGCACAAGUAGGAGAAAGUGACAUAAUUAAAGAGGAGGUGACUGUAAAGUCAUGCUAUCUACCACACACUUGGUUCCUCUGCCUUGUAACACCCGCAAUCAGGCCAUCAUGAUCUCGUUUGAGUUCUUCGUAGCCAGGAGAAUCUCUGUGCUUGGCCUGAUCACAACAUUUCAGAAUAUCAGUCUUCCACAUGUGAGUAUGUAGCAACGAUUACCGUUGGACAGUUUCUAGCCUGUUGCAAAGAAAAUGAGCUUCAACUCAGACGAGUGCAAGAGUUCAAGGCACUUCACUCACGAGGAGAUGAUCGUCGUGGUGCCUGUUUUUUGUGAGCUUGUUUCACUCCUGCAGGGUAUCGUGACUCUCCCGACAACCUUCAACCAACCUCACAGGAAGUUUCGGUGCUCAGACAACCGUUGAAAAUCGUUUCGCAGAGAGGAUUCCCUCGCUUCGGCAUCGGCUCUCAGUGCUUUCUCUGCUCAAGACUUCAGUCGACAGCAGGUGAUCAGCUGGACUCCGAGACACUCUCGCGGUACCUGACUUGAGAUCUUCCUGAAGCCUCGUGAGCUCGAGCUCCAGUAUUCGCUUCUCCUCCUCGAGCUUUCUUUUCAUCUGUCAAAGGAUCAUUUGACUACCGACUUGGAAAAUCUCCUGUACGUCGUUGAUGUGUUGAGAACGGAUGGCUUCAUCAUUCUGCAUCUGCCGUUCGAUGGAUUUCUCGAAUUCAAGUCUCUUCUGAGCUUCCCCAUAUUUUACUUCAAGAGAUUU